AUGAAAAAUUGUCCGUUGCUAUCCAUUGUCAUUCAACUCUUCUGUGAAUCACUGAGUGAUGAUGAUAUGUCAGCUGCUUUCGACGAUAUAUGGAACUCUCUGACCAAUGACGGACUACGAUCCACCACACAGCAUUUUGACCACAUCCUCGAAGAUGGAAUGAAAAGCUUAUUAGAAGAACCUUCCGAAGAGGAGGUCCAUAGUUCUCUAUUUAUGGCUCUUCGAGAAUAUUAUCGAGAUGAAUUAUUUCAAAUUUUGAAAGACAGUAAUGUACUGGAUCGAGCUAAUUUGUAUAAACUGGUAUUGGAAACGUGUUGUAUUUGUCGGGCUCAUAUUGAUGGUUCGUCAAAGACCGUAGCAGUUGAAGAUCGAAAUAUGAUUUUUCUAACGAAAAAUGUUAUGAUACGUGAAGGUUCAAGGUGUUGUCGUGAACAUUUAGAAGAUGGUAGUUUAAUACUCGAUGCAAUAAAUGUAGUCAAGCCACACAAGAUCGAAAGUACCUUAUUUAAGACGGGAGAUGUUCAAUUGUUAAUAAAUAAUCACACAACAACAAUAGCACGUGAACUUAUGGGUGGAAGAAAUGACACACUUGUGCCGGUUAUCGAUGGAACAUACAUUUAUAUACAAGUAAAUGAAAAGAAACUUCAAAGGGAAAGUUGUUUUGAAGCUAUCAAACAAUAUCAUAGCAAUGAUACUAAUAAAGAAGAUAUAUUUGAAACAGCUCGAAUGUUAUUAAGUCGCCUACAAGAAGUAUCUGAAUUAAAGACAAAAUAUUUGUGUGUUUUUUCUUGUAUUUCAAAUCAAAAAAUAUUUGACGAGUGGCAAAAGGAGUUGUCUCGUUAUUUAGUUGAAUUGUCUGAUAAAAUGGAAAAUCUGAGUGUCACGCAAAAAAUUGAGGCUUUAAAUACUAAGCUGUUGAUUGUAAAAGCGUUAAGUAGAUUAGAUGGCUUUUUGGAAGGUGAAAAUGAUGUCUAUAAAAAAGUGAUAGAUGAUAUUAAAAAUACCGAUUAUGUACAAGUCGCUUCUGGAAUGGUGGCAUUACAGUCGUCGAACGAAGUAGGAAAACAUUUUCAUGAACAAGCUAAACGAGCCCCUGGCGUUGGUUUGGACAAAGAUGCUUUCAACCAGAUCGAAGCACUGAAAGAGCGUCAGAAUGAUGUUGUGUUGAAAGUAGUUAAAAAAUAUUCAGAAAUGGAUAUUACUGGAUAUACCUUGAAUUCACCAAAAGAUAUUUUUGAAAAAUUCGGAAAAGUCAACAAUGCAAAUGAGAUAUAUAAUGAGGCUGUAACUACUAUCCGAGACAGAAUUAUCGAAAAAUUCAGAAAAGAAUUAGAACAAGCUAAGUUGAAAAAGCCUCCAAAUCCGGAAAACCUACAUAUAAGAAAGUUUGAGUCUGCAGUUAAGUAUUUACCGGAAGAUAUGAGAAGCGCUGUUGAAUUAGAAUUAAAAUACUGUAAAGAUGAUAUUAAUCGAGAUAUUGACGACUUUAGCACUCAAUUAGAUAACGCAGUUAGUGGUGGAGAUCUAAAAGAAAUGAAAAAGGUUAUGCAAGAUAUUCAAUUAGAAGGUAUGUCGUCUAUUGCUCAGAAGGGCCGAGAACUGGUUCAGAAACAAGUACAAGAAAUUAUGGUGAAAAUAAAUCAAAACUUUGAGCAAGAUGAGAUUAGAGAAGCAUUAGCUAAUGCAAAACAACUGUAUGAUUAUAAAAUCGAGUUGGAGAAUGUUGUCGUCGAAAUUAGGCAACUUUAUUUAGAAAUACGACGUCAAUUAAGAAAAACGUUCGAAGACGCAUAUGUUAUAACAGAAUUGACACCUUAUUCGAAUAUGUUAGAAUUAGUAUCUUAUAAAACUGAAGAAUUAAAAAAUGAACUGAUUAAGAAAGAACUUAUCAAUGGCGAUAUAUUGAAAACGAAAGCACCGGAGACCGUCAGACUUUUACCAGAUAUACCUUGGCAUAUAAUCUAUUUGGAAAUAUGGUUGAAAGUCUUACGUUAUGAUGAUGCCUACGCAUUAUUACGAGAAGCAGAUCCGACAAAUGCUAUCAAUACUUUGCCAAUGUGUCCUGACAGUGGUACAUUGUGGUUAUUUUCCGAUAAUGAUGAUUCUAAGCAAGCGAAAGCUUACGUUUAUGACGGGUAUCAGAUGCAUCUGGAUAAACGACGAACCGAUCCACCCAUGAGCCAUAUAUUGAACAUGAACGAUAUUUUGCUUAUACAAAAGACAAGAAACGAGACAAUAGAUUUAAGAAAAUUGUUUUUCAGUUACAUAAAAGAUUGUACAGUCGUUGAAGAAACAUUAAUGGUCACACACAUCUAA